CUGUAGCUGCUUGGUUCCAUUGUCGCAGAUAGAGAUCUGCUGAAGGCGCGCUGCUGUACGCUAACGGCUGUCAUUAGCUUUCCUGCCAAAGUCACCGCGACAGGUCCCGUUUAUUAUGGCGUUUUCUAAAACAUGGAAGCAGUGUUGAGCCUCGUGUCGUUAACUGUCACGAAGGUUUUACAGUUCUCCGGACUGACGGACAACUGGAAUGCCCCGAGGGCCAAAAAGAUGGAGGAGAAAGCGUUAGAAGUGUACGAUGUGAUCAAAUCGAUCCGUGACCCAGAGAAGCCCAACACCCUGGAGGAGCUGGAGGUGGUGACGGAGAAGUGCGUGGAGGUGCAGGAGCUCGGAGAAGACGAGUACCUCAUCAUCAUCAGGUUCUCCCCCACCGUCCCCCACUGCUCCCUGGCUACGCUGAUCGGCCUGUGCUUACAAGUCAAGCUCCAGCGAUGUUUGCCAUUUAAACACAAGUUGGAAAUUUACAUUUCGGAAGGAACACACUCUACUGAAGAAGAUAUUAACAAACAGAUCAACGACAAGGAGCGAGUGGCGGCCGCCAUGGAGAACCCCAACCUGAGAGAGAUCGUGGAGCAGUGUGUCACCGAGCCGGACGACUGACUGCUUGGAGUGUGUGUGUGUGUGUGUGUGUGUGUGUGUGUGCGCGUGUGCGUGUGCGCGCGCGUGCGUGCGUGCGUGUGCGCGCGCGCGUGCGUGCGUGCGUGCGUGUCCAUCCAUAGUGCCUGAAAAUUACACUCAGAGGACUGCUGAACGCUCGCCUAAAGGCGGAGCCUUGUGUUGGCUCGCCGGACCGUGUCGGGGGGAUUUGGGGUUUUGUUUUGGAGGCUCCUCACGGGGAACUCUGAGCCAUAAAGAGUCAGAGGCUGAAGUCAAACAGCGUGUGUGUGUGUGUGUGUGUGUGUGUGUGUGUGUGUGUGUGUUCACUUUCUCAUCAUUCCCUGCUGCAGGGACUCUCCCUGAGCGGCAGCGUUUCCUCGCUGUCGUCUGCUAAAGGCGACGCAAGAUGCUGCAGGCGGAAUUGGGUGGGGCAAACAGAGACUGUCCUACUUCCAUGUCAUCGUGCAGACUGGGUCGUUCUGUGGACAAUCAGAAUCUGUGGCUUUACCUCCUUUUAUAUACAAGAAGAGAGACUCACAGAUGUUUCCAGCUUCUCUUGUAAUGGUUGUUUUUUGGCGCCUGUCCUUUUCUAAAUGCACUUAUCGAGAUUUAUCUGAGGGGGUCGUUAUUUUUAAUGAGUAAGAUGUAAAAAUCUAAUUUACUAAAUAACCAGGUAAUAAAAUUAGAUUAAAAGUGGA